AGUCGUGGCUGUGCCUCCGGAGCGGAAAGAUGGUUAGUCGAAGUUACGCAAUGAAGCUGUGGGUCCCUCUUCUUCUGACGGCCUGGAUGGCAACACUGUCGAAGGCGCAGCAGCAGGAAACCACGACAUCCACAGAGCCUUCGAUUGAGGUGCGUCUCCGGCAGGGCGUGAUCACAGGGGCCCAGUCAGAGGCCGGAAACGGGAGGGUCUUCUACAGCUUCAAGACCAUUCCCUUCGCCGAGCCUCCUGUCGGGGACCUAAGGUUUAGGGACCCGGUUCCUGCAAGGCCAUGGGCAGGAGUAAGAAAUGGAUCCAUCGCCACACCGAAAUGCCCACAGCUGGGAAAUGCUACUGUUGAGGGGCAGGAAGACUGUCUCUAUCUCUCCGUCUACACACCUCGGCCUUACGCGUCGGACUUGCCUGUCAUGGUGUGGAUUCACGGCGGAGGAUUCACGAACGGUCAAGGCGAGGUCUUCGGGCCCCUUCCUCUCCUCACGAAGGAUGUGGUCCUCGUGGUCAUACAGUAUCGCCUGGCCACGCUGGGAUUCUUAUCGACUGAGGAUGAGCUUCCUGGCAAUUUAGGACUGAAGGACCAGAGGAUGGCCCUCCUGUGGGUGAAAGAUAACAUACGUGACCUCGGCGGCAACCCAGGCAAGGUCACCCUCUUCGGGGAGAGCGCCGGGGCAGGGGCAGUGCAUUUCCACAUCCUGUCUCCCAUGUCUUCAGGACUGUUCAGCCGUGCUAUCCUGCAGUCGGGGACAUCGCUGUGUCCGUGGGCUACUGCGGAAAACCACAGACAGGUAGCCGCUAAGAUUGGUCAGAUGUUCAACUGUUCAGGGAUAAGUGAUCAGCAACUUCCCAGCAGCUCAGCCUUCGUCGCUUGUUUGAGGAAUGUCCCUUACGAAGACUUAAUUUCAGCCCAGAAGAAAUUCGUUAUCUUUAACGAAUCCCCUCAAUACAUGUUACCGCGCGUUGAUGGCCAUUUUCUACCCGACUACCCCGCCGUUCUGCUGAGAAGAGGACGCUAUAACAAGGUGGACAUUAUAUCUGGGAUUACGCAAGAUGAGGCAGCCGUGAUUAGCCUGAUUUUCACCUUGGACAAAGCCGCUGCAAACAGCCUGGUCCAGAACUUCUCUGUCAACGGACCGGUUUCACUGAUCUUCGAAGCUUGGGAAGAUGACCCGGAGUACCUGGCACGCCGAGCCUUCCACCACUACCUGGGCGCCAUUGAAGUGACAGAAGAGAAACGGGAUUCACUUAUCAGGCUUUUCAGUGAUAGAAUGUUCGACAUGUGUCAUCUUGACGCGGUCGGGCAACACCUCAGAACAUCUCAUCAGAACGUGUUUACAUACAAACUGCAGCAUGACGGAGAACACGAGUCUGUUUUUGGUCUUUUCCCUACUACUCCGGAUUGGUACAAAAGCUACGUCGGUCACGCAGAUGAUAUUUUGUACCUAUUCGGUCAAGCUGAGGGCAACAGAACGUUGAAGCGAGACGAGGAUCUAUUCGUUAGCCGCAUCAUGGUAGAGCUGUGGACCAACUUCGCUUCCGUCGGACACCCGACGCCUGACAUGUCCCUCGGCUUCAAAUGGAACCCGACGUCCUUCCCAACAGACUCCUAUUUGUCCAUCACCUCCUCACCCACCAUGAAAACCUUCGAAGACUGCGAGACCCGUGAAUUCUGGAAGAACAUGCCUACCAAGAAUAACAAAAUGCUGUACCCUGAGCGCUUCUACAAGUGUCACUUACCUGGCUGCUUAGACAUGUACCUGUAAUAAACUGAUAGGAUGGCGCUUCACUGAUAUCUAGUUGUCAGUGUCAUUAGUGCCAAGAGACCCUGUUCUUAUUAGUUUAACAAAUAUUUAGCAGAUAAUACGUUCUUGGUGUGCAGUUUAUUGAAGUCUAAUAAAUACAGGGUGAGUGUGAUCUAAUAACAGUAACGUAGCCAUUGUUUACAUUUUUUUUUCUUUUUUUUGCACCAUAUUAUCAAAAUAUUUUGAAAGUAUGAUUACCAUCAGCUUCUGUGCCAAAUCAUAUUUUCCAGUUUGUCAGAGAUUAUCAGUAUUUCUCAUAACCUUUGUGUCACAAUUUAUGUAACAUCGCAGUUAUCCGUGAUGCUGUUUUUGUGAACGUAUAUGUACACAAUUAAUAAAGGAACUAUUUCUC